AUGUCAGAACCAGCAGCUCCUUUGGUGGUUUCUGGGCCGUCUGGGUCGGGCAAGAGUGCUCUCCUUGCGAACUGGCUUUUGCACUACCGCCGGCGGUUGGCAAAGCGGCCGAAACACGGAGGGGCGUCGGAGAAGACCCUUAUUUUUUGCCACGCAGUCGGGCAAGUGUUCUCAAAUCGUUGUGCACAGCGGACAGCAGUGCGCACGCGGUGCACACGACAUGGCGUCGAGGUGGACCAGUUACUGUGGAGGCUUCUCGCGGACGUCAAGCAGAGAUUCGAUUUGGUUCGAAACGUUCCAAACGAAGCAGAACGGCUCAGCUGGGAAUUGCCGCGCUUUCUUGAUCUGGCAGCAAGAGAGGGGCGUGUGAUCAUCAUUGUUGACGGCCUCCACCGCCUCCAGGACAAGAAUGGGGGAGAAAAUGGUCUACAGUGGCUUCCCCUCCGAGUUCCAGGCAAUGUUCGGAUCAUCGUUACCGCGACACAUCCAGACCCAAACUACCUCCAGCUCCACGAGCUAAAAAUCAGACAACACGUGGCCAACACCCACCAGUCACUGCUCUCGUCCCAGCCGUCUGACAACUCAAACGGGGUCGGGGAUACGCACGCAAGCGGUGGCGGGAGCGGCGGCGGUUCUACCGGCAAGGGAAAAAGCAGUGCCGAGACCGGCGAAGAAGGCGAAGCGGAGUACGAGAGUAGUCACCGGCGACGAAAGGUGCUCAUGGAGCUUUCUCGAAGAAAGUGGCCAACUUUGGAACUCGGGCCGCUCCAGACUUGGCGCAAACGCGACAUCGUGGAGGCAUUCCUCAGGCGCUCACUUUCGGGGAAAAGAACGCAAGAAUCGGUACCCUCAACCGCGAACAGCGAUUGUCGACCAAAGCUACCACACGCUUCUUCCGAAGAAGGGAUUUUUCUGACAGGGGUCGACAUGAAGGAGAAUGGAACAAUCGGCCUCGGAACUCGCACCGUGACUAGCAGUGUAACGCCGGGCGGAUCGGGAGAGCGGGGUUCAUCACCGGGUUUGGUCUUGUUCCCGUCGAUGAUCGAGAGUAUCCUGUCAAACGAUGCCACGAGCUCCGCGCUGUACUUGCGUACGCUGCUCCGGGCUCUCGAUUGGGCGGCGAAGAACGCGUACGACGUGCGUGCAUUGCUGAAGAACAUGCUGAACACGACGACGGUCGGUCAACUGUACAACGUGUUUUUCGACAGCAAUCCCACAGAGACAUCGAUACGGAUCGCGGAACAGGACAAUGAGGCCGAAGGGGGCAAGCAAGCGCUGCAGGACGUUAUCGAUGAUCUGGAGGGAGAAAUGCCCCUCAACUCACAGAAUUCCAGUGCUGCCGCCGAGACUCAUAGAGGUGGCAACCGGCACCGGCAGCGGCAGGAACAGCAGCACUCCGCCGUCGCGUCCGAGAGGCUGAGGCAUGUAAAUUAUGCAGUAGUUGGGGUCGCCGCUGCCGAAGAAGGACAAACGAGCGGAAAAGGGGCGUCGGACAAACUCCAUGUCAUGGAAGGAGCAAACGACAACUCGAAACACGAGGGCAAUGACUGUUCAGAAGAGGGGAAUGAAGAGGGCGACGCAGGGUUGAGCAAAGGGGAGGGCAACGGAUACAGCGAGGAAGAGUACGACGACAGUGAUUUCGACGAGACGGAGGAGGGUGAGCAAGAGGAAGUAGUGCGGAAGAAGUCAUCUCCAGAGGACGGUGCUUCGUCGACAAAGUUUCAAGAAGCAGCCAUGAUAGACGGGAUAAACCAAGAACAGGGGACAGAUGGUGCAUCUGCCCAGUGCGGCGGUAGUCAAGACGACCGCAGUCGGGGAAGCUGUGACGACGUUAGCAUGUCUCGGGGGGAAGAAGUUGGUCCAGGACCAACUGGCCCCGAAUCAACUCAGAAUCGUGCCGGCCAUGUCUUCGGGGUUGCGGAUGAAGCUAGGACUGGCGGCUUGCCCUCCAGAGCUUUCACCUUGUCUGAGGUUCCGGUGUAUCUGUCGGGAGGGACAAAGGCGAGUACAAGGGUGCAAGGAUUACUCUUUCAGGCUGAGGGCACAGAAGGGGAGGCCGAAUCGCGGCUUUUGCGAAAGCUACUCAGAAACCAAAACCGGCUGAUCGACAGCAUACGCCAGAUGGAUACCGACAGGGACGGCGUUGUCUCCACGGCGGAGUUCCGAGCCGCGAUCGUCUCUAUGAACCUCGGCCUCACUGAUCGUCAAGUGGAGAAUCUUAUCCACUCUAUCGACGUGGACAACGACGGGGAGCUAGACAUGCAGGCAAGUGCUCCCUAUUGUUGGAACCAGCUCUCAAGGAAGUACGCCCUCUCGCGAUACCUUCCGCGCUCUCUCGCCUCGCGCCGCGUUCUCCAGGACGCCGGUGACACCAGUUCUCUAUCAGAUGGAGCCAAGGCCUCCCUCAAGUCAGCUCUGUCGGUGUUGGGCGUGUGCCACGACGGUCUAACCCACAACGGAGAGGAGCAUAGCAUCUUUGUGCUCGGGCUCGACGCUGAGGACCUGCGGGAAGUGGUGUCUCGACGAUACGUGACGUCUGAUAGUCUUUGGCAUUCUCGCCUGGUGCGGUUCUUCCAGGCGCAGCCACCAAGCCCCCGAAGGUGCGAGGAGCUCCCAUGGCACCUAAAAAAGUGCUACAGAUGGCACCCGCUCAAGAACUCCUUGGUCGACCUGCGGACGUUUGAGAUUGUGAUGUUGACGGCCAGAUUCGUACUUGCUGAUUGA